AUGGCCGAUUUAAGAAGCACAGAGUCUAAAUUUGUCAGGUCAGUCAAGGCUCAGUUAUUAGAGGAUAGACAGGUUUAUCUGGUCACAGCAUAUACACAUGAUCUUGAAAUCAAUAAAAUUUUAGAAGAUGGGAAAAUACAAUUAAUACGAAGAAUUAAAGUUAAUAAUGGUGCUAUUACAGAUAUUUCUCCUGUGAAAACGGGAUGUGGUGAAUAUAGAUCUUGGCUGAUCAUUGUUCUCGAUGAAACUCGUAUACAAUAUCGUGCAUUCCAAACUAUUGAUGAUGAUUUCAUAGUUGAUGAUUUCCCAAUGAAAUCUGGACGUAAGCAACUUCAUCUUAUCCCAGGUUCAUUAAAAGAAGAUCCACAUAAUUAUUUUUUCAAUUGUUUUGCUAAAGAAGGUUAUGCUAUCAUAUUCCGUCAAAAAGGUAGAGGUUUCGCUAAAAUGAGAGGAGAUCCAAAUUUCAAAACAGUUAUGGAGAGUAAAGAUUCAAAAGGCUUGAAAUUUUUCUUGAAACCUGAAAUAUGGCCAUAUAGUAUGUUUUUAAAUGAUAAUGGUCAUGAUAUCCUCACAUUUGAUACAGCACCAUCCGAUGAAGGUGCAUUUGUGUUCUCAUUGGUUAGAAGGAAUAGAGAGGGUAAAUAUUUUUACUCAAAUCCAAUCUGGAAAGAAAAGACAUAUGAAUCAUAUAUGAGCAAUUGCUAUGAUGGUCCAAUAUUGGAACCUGUUGCACCAAUAUCUACUGUUGUAGAGUGGAAAGGCUCUAUACUUUUCAGUAAAACUUCAAUUUAUCUAAGAGGUUCACCUUAUAGUCUUGGGGUAAAUAGUAGAUUUAAUGUGAAUUCUAUUAAACUUCCAGAAAAUGUCAGAAUGGAAUAUCAAGAUGGUGGCCAAGAAGAAGGAUCAUAUUAUAGGUUCGUGUUUACCAAUAGGGAGUUUGAUGUUAUUGCUACAGCUCCUUAUUUGAGAGGUACUUUAAUCGUUGAAAGAAAUGGUGAUUUGAGUCUAUUAUCAUUCAAGUUGAAAGGUGAUGACGGAUUAUCAGGUGCAAGUGUUAAAGAAAUGUCGAUUUCCAAGAUUGAAGGUUCAUUACCGUCCAAUAUCCAGUCUUUUAUGAAAUUGAAAUUAAAUGUUUAUAUAACAAGAUUGGAAAAUUCAACUACAUUAAUUUUCAAAAUUGAUGAUAAUAAAUUGGAAAUCAUACAAGAAUUGAUUGAUAAUACAAGCAUGAUUGAUAAUCUGUAA